GAUACUACACGCAUUCAACGGAAAGUGUAGUAUUAUAUCGAACAAACAAGAAUAUCGAUUUCUCGAUUUCACCGUUCGAGGUGUUAACUGUAUGACUGCAAGUCCCACACACCCCUCCUUUUCCGCUGCCCAAUUUCCGUUUUGCGUCACUGACUGCGAAACAUUUACGUUUACCAUCUCGAGGUUCCGGACGUCUGCGCAGAAAAACAACUGAAAAUAAGGUGUACGAUUGUUUGUUUUUGGUUGAAUUUAUGUUGUGAUGUAGGAAGACAUUCUUUUAAAUCUGUGUAUUUAUAUAAUAGUUAACACCAGUAAUUGUUUUCUUUUUCAAAGUCGCGACCGUGAAAUAAAUACUGGAAUAAUAAACGCCCUGUUAGCUAGCUAACACGCUAGCGUGGUCUAACCAGAGUAGCCUAGGACUACAUCGCAACAAUGCAGGCUAUCAAAAAUACCCCCACGGUGUCUGGGCCGCUUGUUACAGCCAGAUCUGACACUGCACUCGAACUACACAAGCCACCGAAUGAAGAUGUAAAAACGACUAAAAGAAAGAUCCUCGACGAAGAAACUUAUAUUGAGAGUUUAGAGAAGAUCAUUCAGAGGGAUUUCUUCCCGGACGUGACCAAGCUUCGGGCGCAGAAGGACUACCUGGAGGCGGAGGAGAACGGAGACCUGGAGAAGAUGAGGGAGAUCGCCAUAAAAUAUGGCUCCUCCCUCAGCAAGUCCACCCCGCGCUCCACCGCGCCCUAUGUGACUCCGGCUACGUUUGAAACCCCUGAGGGUCGCCCGGGUUCUCCUACUUCCAUGCAUGGGAAGCUGAAAGCGAGGAGUGGGGAGGAAGGGAAAGGAGAGGAGGAAGAGAAGCCCCUCCCUUCCCUGGAUAAGUUCCUGGCUAAAACCACCAGUGAGGACAACGCUUCGUUUGAGCAGAUAAUGGAGCUCGCUGAUGACAAGGAGAAAGUCAGACAUGCCUGGCUGUACGAGGCGGAGGCAGAAUACAAUCAGCGGCACCAGGAGCUGAUGGCCCUGCCGUCCUCUGAGCAGCAGGCCCUGGAGGCGGGGAAGGCUGGAGUCGAGACCUGGGAGUACAAGGCAAAGAAUGCCCUGAUGUACUACCCUGAGGGUGUGAAAGACGAGGAGGCGGUGUUUAAGAAGCCGCGGGACGUGCUUCAUAAGAACACACGUUUCCAAGGAGACCCUUUCAGCAAAGCCCUCAACAAGUCUCAGCUUCAGCAGGCAGCAGCCCUCAAUGCACAGUUUAAACAGGGGAAAGUGGGUCCAGAUGGGAAAGAGCUGACUGCACACGAUUCCCCCAAAGUUAAUGGAUACGGGUUCGAGGGAACCCCCUCUCCUGCUCCCGGUGUGGCGGAGUCGCCCCUGAUGACGUGGGGUGAAAUCGAGAGCACCCCGUUCCGUCUGGACGGCUCGGACUCGCCCUACACGGAACGCAGCCACGGCCCCUCCUUCAAGAUUCCCGAGCCAGGCCGCAGAGAGAGGUUGGGUCUGAAAAUGGCCAAUGAGGCAGCGGCCAAAAACCGUGCCAAGAAACAAGAGGCGCUACGCAAGGUCACCGAGAACCUGGCCAGUCUGACCCCCAAGGGCCUAAGCCCCGCCCUUACCCCCGCCCUGCAGAAGAUGGUGAACCGCUCUUCCAGCAAGUACACGGACAAAGCGCUGAGGGCCAGCUACACCCCCUCCCCUGCCCACGGAGGCUCCAAAACGCCGCUCGGGGGGGUCAGCACGCCCACGGGCACCCCCACACCCCGCUCCGCCGGGACCCCCGUGUCCCAGGACCCCGCCUCCAUCACGGACGACCUCCUGCAGCUGCCCAAACGCCGCAAGGCUGCCGAUUUCUUCUGAACCCCCCCCCGAUAUCCAGCACCCCCCUUUACCUGCUGCCAGGCCUCUCCGAGCACUUCCUGUUUGGGGGGGGCUCUUAUUUUCACGUUCUGCGGCUUUCUGUACAUGCGCGUGCGUGUGUACGCACGUGUGCACGGGACAAGUACACAUAGUGUUAUAAAAACAGAAACCUGAAUACGUACACACACACGCAAACACAGACUCAUGGACAUGUGGAAAGUUUGAGGGCCUGAGGAAAGGGGGCGACACUGCCGGUGGACCGCGACUGCUGACCUGAUUGUGCAGAUCUACCCCGUAUGCGCAGCUCUGCGUGUGCGACAUGGACCUGACUGCACUGUUAGGGAAACAGCACAGACUGUGUUACAGCUUACUUUGAAGACUGCGUUUUGGAGCUGUGAUAUGUAUCCCAAGGGAGAAACCACCUCAACCCAGCAGACGCUGCUGGGUCCUGUGGUUCAACAGGAUUGCCAGGAUUAUGUUAAAGAAUUGAGACCUUUUGUACAGCAACUAUGUGGUGUUUGUUUGAUUUUUGUUUCACUGAUGAAACACAUUGGGCCUAAUUCACAAAACGUGUACGAUCACAUUUGAUCGUAAAGUGUGUUUCCAAGAACAUUUCGGAAUUCA